ACCCGAUUUUUUUUGUUUUGAGGAAACCCUACCCUAAGUCUUUGGUGGACGACUUCACUUCGCUGGGGCGAACCUGCUUUCUUUAACCAAUCUAUUGGACAGUGAGGAAAGAGAAGAGCAAGUUUUACUUGUAUCUGUACUGUGCGAUUUCGAUUCGUUGCAUUUGGGACCAAUUUUGGUUUCUAGUUGGCGAUAAACGACAUAAAAGUUUCAAAGCUGAUUUAUUUUGAAAAAUUGUUUGUUACGCCGCAAACAAACGAUUUCACUAGCUUUGUAUUAUACUUUUCUAAAGCUAGAGGAAAUUAUUGAAUUAUUCGGACCGAACAGGAAACUCUGAAUCUAUUUUUUGCAGCACUCAAUUUUGAGUAAUUGUACUUUUUCUUUGAAUUUUUGAUCGUGAACGUAAUAAAGAAGCCAUCAUGUUUUCUUUAUAACAUAUUUCGCUUUCUCUCUCUCUCUUUUAUAAUUCUUUCUUAUAAUCCGAUUACUUGUUCUGUGUGCGUGUAUAUAUUUCCUUCUAUAUUUCACAAAAAAACGCAGUUCUAUAAUCGCUGCCUGUCCUGAAGUUCGGUCUUGUUUUAUUCAUUAAAAAAAAAGAUAAUCAGCUCUUCUUUCAAAGAAAGAGCUCUGUUAGUUGUUUAUUCGUUCAGCUUUGGCUGCUUAAUUUGUGCAUUAGAAUCUCUUUCAGCUAGAGACUUGGUUUUGAUUUUGUUACAUAUAAACUUCAAGUUGGUCUUCUAGUCAUAAACCUUUUUUCUGUUUCAUUGGUUCGAUAUCUUUUCUGUGCGUUUAUCGCUUCUUUACUGCAAUGACGGGUUUAUUAAGCAUUUUGUUGCAUUGCAAACCUUCUAACCUUGACGAAUCAAAGGUUCCUGCUUCAGAACAUCCUUCGGUACAAUUUUGUAUUCAACAUACCGAUGAGCAUUCUUCUGGAACAUCUCCAUUACAGGGACACGUCAAGUUUGCUGUUUUACCUACUCGAGUUGAUGAAGGAAAAUCUAGAAAGCCCUGCCCAUAUGGAAAAUCUCCACCCCCUAUUAGUAGCAAAAAUCAGCCGUCGAGUCGUCCUCAAAAAUCUCACGUUGGUGAUGCUAAAAUCAAAGGUGAAAACCCUAACUUGCUACGUAAACCCUUGGGACAUUUGAACAGAGAACAACAGUAUGUAAAGCAACCUUCUAAAAUUACUUUUGCUUUGGGAAAUUUAAGAAAUGAGAAAAAUCCAAUCACGUCGGCUUCCCGUGCUGCUACUCCCAAGCAGGUUGCGACCACCUGCCGCGAUGUGCUGGAAGAUGUGCUAAAAAAGGAUAACGAGUUAAAGGUUGAAUCUUCGGAUGAGGAAGAUGAUGAUGAUUUUGCUUAUCCUGUGAAAUUCCAAAAAGAUUCUAGUAAUAUUGGUAAGGGUAAAACUUAUAGACCAAUUAGGUCUCCCAAGCCACCUGCCAAGAAGCUUAAUGUUUCUUCUUUUGAAGAUGAUACUGAAGAGGAAGAUGACGAAGAAGAAAACGAUUCGGAUUUCUCUGACGAAGAUAUUGAUAGCGAUAUUAACGAUGAAAGCGAAGGUGCUAUUUCGGGCUCCUCUUUAUCCAAUAAUGUCGGUGAGAGACGAUCGCCUUCAAAGUUUCCUUCGUCUCCUAUACAAACUGCUGCUCCACCAUCCGAAAAUUUAAUCCCGGAUGACACUGAUUUUGUGCCUGGUACGUUUGAUGAAGACCAACCUGCCUGUUUGGCGUUCGCUUCUUCUUUAGCAAAUCAUUCUCCAAGGUAUUUUCUUAUGGUACCUCAGGAUAUAGAUCCUACAUUCCCAGAUUCUGAGUCUGAUGAUGAAUUUACGGAAGAAAAAUCGUCCAGAGCACAACGAUCAUCUGCUAAAGCUAAGUGGAAUCCCAAACACAGCAGUAACAACGUUGAAAAGAAGUCUUCUUCAGGAAUGUCAAAGAAUAGCAGAUCCCCCCCUGUGAAUAUUAAUCGAAGACCGUCGAUGGCUUCGUGAACUGAAACGGAUCUACUUAUUGCUGUAUAUUAAAAAAGAAGCUGGAAAUACGUCCAUGGCAUGUUUAUUUGUUGCGUAAUUUCUGUUUCGUUUAGUUGUUAUGUCCCUCGUUACGUAUAAUCGUCACUUGUUAAUAGAUUCUGGUUAUAUUAUUGUAAA